AUGAGACCUGUGGAUCGUGUGCAAGUGGAUCAGACAGCUGUAACACGACAUCCGGGCAUUGUCAGGGUGAACCCAGAUGCAUGCCGGGACAUUCUGGUCUGAAAUGUAAAACAGAAUGUGCGAAUGGUUUUUGGGGCGGGGACUGUGCUUUGGAGUGUGGUAACUGUUAUAACGGGAGUGUAUGUAACAAGACGUCUGGGGAAUGUCCCGUUACCCUGGGGAAUUCAUCGUGUGCACCUGGAUACGUGUAUACAGACAUAACGUGUCUCACCCCGUGCGAAUCCGGAUCAUGGGGAGACAACUGCUCCCAGCAAUGUAACCAAGGCUGUGGAACACCAUGUAACAUUACCAAUGGGUUAUGUCAGAGAGGAUGCCCUGACGGCUUUGUGGAUGACAACUGUAAAGCAGUCCCAAUUUCAAACAUGAUGGUCGGGAGAGUCGCAGGGGGCGUGACUGGUGUUCUUGUAGCUUGUGCCGUUGUUGUUGCAGUAAUCAUCAUUUACAGGAGGCGUCAUCCGUCAACAAGUAAGGCACAGGCCCACGUUUCCCUGUCAGUGAGGACAAUGGGUGACAUUCAACCAGAUGUCGAGGAUCAACAGAGCAAUAGAGAAUAUGAAGCAGAGGACCCGGAAGUUCACGUAGCCCCAGAGGAUCCCGAGGCAACAACGUACGAGAAUCACUUGAGCACGUCAGUUCCUGUAGAGGAAUUCUGGGACUACAUCCAAGAGAAAAUGGCAGCCGAUGGUUUCAAAGCCGAGUUCAUGAAAUUUCCAGCCGGACUCCAUGCUAAAGCUGAAGUGGCAAACCUUCCAUACAACAAGGCUAAAAGUCGCUACAAGAAUCUUGUCGCAUAUGACCACUCUCGUGUCGUCUUGAGACUCCAUGGACCCAAUGACAAAUCGGAUUACAUAAACGCCUGUUACAUUGACGGUUACAACCAGCCUAAGAAAUUCAUCGCCUCUCAAGGUCCUACCGAUCUCAUCAUAAACGACUUCAUGCGCAUGCUCUGGGAACAGAACGUGGGUAAAAUUGUCAUGGUGACAAAUCUGAUCGAAGCAACUAAGAUGAAGUGCAAACAGUACUGGCCGGGCGAAGGCUGUUCGCGGUUUGGUGUCAUUGAGGUUACCCUGCUUGACGAGGAGAUAUAUGCGAAUUACGCAAUUAGAACACUGGAGCUAAGUCACACAAAGGUGAAAAACAAGACGAAGAUUCUCAAACAGUUUCACUUCUCGGCUUGGCCAGAUCACGGGGCACCUUCCGAUGCCACAAUUCUGCUUGACUUUCGAGAUAAGGUUCUGGAGUACAACUCGACUUUACCUGGACCAAUUCUCGUCCAUUGCAGUGCUGGGAUUGGACGCACGGGAACGUUCAUAGCUCUGGAUUACCUGAUCAAUCAGGCUAAAGAAGAGAAUGUGGUGAAUGUGCCGGCCUGUGUGAUGAUUCUGAGACAGCAGCGGGUCAACAUGGUGCAGACACAGGAACAGUACGAGUUUCUACACGCAGCCCUGGGAGAAGCCUUGGAAUUCAGCGACAGUUCAAUUCCAUCUGUGAACUUUACCACCGUGUACUCUGACCUUUGCACUGUCGACCCCGAGACCGGACAGUCCAAGAUGGUCGCACAGUUUGAGGUCCUCCGGGAACUCUCACAACCCGCGAACAAGAUGCAAGUGGAAUCCGCCAGACAUCCGGACAACAUUUCCAAGAACAGAUACUCCAAAUUUUUAGCCCUUGAUAGCUGCAGGCCAUACCUGUCCACGCCAGUGUCCGACUGUAACGACUACAUCAAUGCUGUGUAUCUUCCGGGAUACAAACAGAAGAGGGGUUUUAUCCUAACUCAGACUCCUCUACCCAACACGGUCGUGGAUUUCUGGCGUCUGGUCUAUGAUCACAAAGUCAGUACCAUCAUCAUGUUGGACCGCGUGAAAACAGGGGAUAAGAAUGUUGGGGUGUAUUGGACAGAUAGGAAGGAAACGUUUAAACCGUUCGAGAUGGAGGUGACAGAUGUUGUCCAGAGAGCGGAAUUCUCCACUUGGACUUACGAACUGAGCCACAAAGACAAGAAAGCACCUCAGCCCAUCAAACAAUUCCGCUGCCCAUUUUUCACGAGUGAACCAACACUGGAGACUAUACCAACGCUUUUGACUGUACUGCAGAGUGUUGACAUGUGGCGAGAUAAGGCUGGCGACGGACCUGUACUGGUUCAUUGCAGGGAUGGCGUGACAAAGAGUGGGUUGUUCUGCGUGGUUUGGACUGUGCUAGAAAGACUGAAGGUUGACCAGAACGUCAAUAUCCUACAGACUAUAAAGCAGAUGAGGAACAACAGACCGGAGAUUAUAACAGAUGUGGGUCAGCUUAACUUCAUCCACCAGGUCGUUAUGGGAUAUCUGGACAACUUCCAAACCUACGCUAAUUUCAGACCAAUGACAACAGAUUUGGAGGCGAUGUAAAAUAAGUUCAGCAAAGAUUCCACUAAUAGUUUCUACGCUAUGACUGGAUUAAUCAAAACUGUUUCUUAUUUCCAUUCGCCAAACUUGCUGUGGCCUCAGUGCUGUAUAAUUGUGUAACUUUAUGCCAUAACUGAUGAGCUUUUAUGUCAAUGGUUUGUCACUGUUGAUUCUGUUGGUGUUGAUUAAAACUGUGUUGUGUUGGGCUUGCUGCUCACUUUGUUGUUGUUGUAAAGGUAGGGGUUUAGGACGUGAAGUUUGUGUUGUAACUGUUGUGAAAAUGCGUUCAAAUCAUGACUAUUGUGUGCUUAUCGCUGUAAAUAUGCUUUGUUCCUGUAACGGUCAUUUAGAUGAUUAAGUUUUUGAGUUAAUAAUGCGGUUUCUAGGUCAUGAUGAUAGUGCUAUGUUUGGUGUAAAUUUACGCUUUUUAGAUCAUGAUGAUUGUGUUAUUGAUUUAGUAAUACACUUUUUAGGUCAUGAUCAUAGUGUUUUGAUUGGUGUAAGUUUUCGUUUUCAGAUCAUGAUCAUAGUGCGGUGAUUGGUGUAAAGUUACUUUUGUAGGUCGUGAUGACUGUGCUGUUAAUAAAGUCAUGAUAAUAGUUAUGUUAAUGGUGUAACUUUACUGUUUAUAGGUCUUUUUUAUGCUUAUAUUGCUACGAAAUUUUCGGGUUUUGGUUAUUUUUGUUUUUCUCAUAAAUGUACGAUUUUGAAUGUUUUAUUGAUUUGAAACUCUGAUUAUAUAACAAAUUAGUUAUGCCGUCAUCACCGUAAAUGUAUUGCUUAGGUUGAAAGGGGAAGAAAACAUAACAAUGAUGUCAAAAUUAGAUGGAAGAGCGUUAAAAGUUAUCUGCAAAUAUGGUCUUACAAUAUUUUUUUGUAUGCUGGGUGUGUGGGACCACCUUUUGGUAUUUAUCGUUACAUAAUAAUGUGCUAAAUAAGGAUGUGAUGCCUGUCUAAUACAUUUACUUGACUUGUUGUUUAUAUCCGAACACACACAC